AUGGGUCUUCGAAUAACAGUGGCGGUGAUUAUCAUGCAAGGGCAAACAGCAAGGGAUGUCAAAAAGAUUUUGAUGGAAGUAACAGGCAAGCAUUCGAGUAGAGGGAGAAAAAUUGGAUUUUAUACUUCGAGUGCAAUCCCUGAGUCACCGACGAAUCCUGAGGAUCAAAGGAUUCCUGUUAACGCCCUCAUUGAUAUGUGGAUGGAAUUGUACAAGCUAGAUGAAGAACCAUAUGUCGUUGCCAAAAUCCAGGAACUCUCUAAUCGAAAUUUAGCUGAUCUUGUAGUCACAAGACUUGGUUCUUGUAUAGAAUUGCUUGAGUUGCCACACACAAUUGGGGGCCUCAAUAAUCUGAACAUUCUUGACAUAUCAGAGUGUUUAGAAAUUGAAAGAUUACUAGAAGAGAUCGGAGGGGUGCAAAACUUGAGUAUGCUACAGAAGGAUGAACUUGAAAGACUUGGUUAA